ACCAAUCGCCAAUUUCCUGGAACUUGUUGACAAUUCAAAAAAUCCCCUAAUAGGAAUAAUUUAAGAUGGAAUUUCAAUAUUCCAUAUUAAGAAUUAUAUUCCAUAUUUGCUUACUUUACUUAUUUGGUAUUUAAAAUAUAGAGACACAUCAUAUUAAAUAAAAAACAAUAUAUUCAAUUUAUUUUAGCUGCGACAAGUGGUGUUCGAUUUCGCUCAAAAAGAAUUAGCACCUAAAGCGGCCGAAAUAGACAAAAACAACAAUUUCUCCGAAUUGAGAAACUUUUGGAAGAAACUCGGACAGUUGGGAGUUCUCGGAAUAACAGCGAGCACCGAUUAUGGAGGCACAGGAGGGAAAUAUUCUGAUCACUGCGUUAUUAUGGAGGAACUAUCUAGGGCUUCCGGCAGUAUAGGAUUAUCAUAUGGUGCCCAUUCCAACUUAUGUGUAAACCAAAUUAAUAGAAACGGCACACAUGAACAAAAAAGCAAAUAUUUACCAAAGUUAUGCUCCGGAGAACAUAUGGGUGCUUUAGCUAUGUCCGAACCUGGAUCAGGCAGUGAUGUUGUCUCUAUGAAAUUGAGAGCUGAAAAGAAGGGAGAUUACUACGUGCUCAACGGCAAUAAGUUCUGGAUCACGAACGGAUGUGAUGCUGACGUUUUAGUGGUCUACGCAAAAACGAAUACGACGAGCAAACCUCAACACGGAAUAACAGCAUUUUUGAUUGAAAAAGACUUUCCUGGCUUUACGACAGCACAAAAGCUGGAUAAACUUGGAAUGAGAGGAUCCAACACAUGCGAGCUAGUGUUUGAAGACUGCAAGGUUCCAGCUACAAACAUACUUGGUGAAGAAAACAAGGGUGUGUAUGUGCUUAUGUCAGGGUUAGAUUUGGAACGUCUGGUGUUAGCUGCAGGUCCAGUAGGACUGAUGCAAGCAUCCAUAGAUGUUGCAUUCCAAUACGCACACACGAGGAAGCAAUUCGGAAAGUCGAUUGGAGAGUUCCAAUUAUUACAGGGCAAAAUGGCAGAUAUGUACACUACUUUGAGCGCGUGCCGUAGCUACCUUUAUAACGUAGCAAAGGCGUGCGAUGAUGGCCACGUGAACAGCAAAGAUUGCGCGGGAGUAAUACUUUACUGUGCAGAAAAAGCAACACAGCUUGCCUUGGAUGCUAUACAAAUACUUGGUGGAAAUGGCUACAUAAACGACUACCCAACUGGCAGAAUACUUAGAGACGCCAAACUCUAUGAAAUUGGUGCAGGCACUUCAGAAAUAAGAAGAAUGCUUAUAGGAAGAGCACUCAAUAAUGAAUACAAAUAAUACAAGCUUAU